CCUCUCUCCUCUCUUUCUCUCUCUCCUCUCUGGUUUAGCUGUACACCUAGAACACUCAGUUCUCUAGCCCCCCCCCCUUCUGGUUCCCUGUUAUAAUUUCACUUCUAAGCACAGUAAGCUAAAAAGAGUCCCAGGGAAUUGCCUGAAUGCAUAGGAGCCAGCCACUUUGCUGAAGCUAAGCAGGGCCAAGUCUGGUUUGUGUUUGGAUGGGAGACCAAAUUGAAAAGUUUCCAUAAUUAGUUUUCAAUUAAUCUCUUUAUUGAGUGGGGAAAUAUAUUAAUUGGUGAUAGAUAAUAUCUAAUUUAUAGAAACCUUUAGUAGUUGAUUAGCCUUUUAAAAUGCCACCCAAGAAAGGAUUGGGAGGGAAGAAAGGCAAAGGAAAAGCCCCACAACCUCCAGUAAAACGUCCUCGCCCCAGGCAUGAUUCAUCUUCAGAUGAGGGUGAGCGGCCCGAUAUCGCAGCAUUCAUGGCACGGCUACAAGCUGCUGAACUAGAGAGAGGCAUUAUCCCUCCACCCGACACUAUAAUUAGUUCAUCAGGGGCGGGAGGAUCUGGGCGCCCUCAUACAAGGCGACAGACUCAUGAAAGUAUGUGGGCAUCUGUUGCAGCAAGGCUCGAUGCCAUCGAGGCUUCAUCCAGUCACACACCCCCAGGACCAGAGUUAACAUCAGGACAGGAUGGCUCUGUGAACAACCAGACUCAACCUCUUCCUGGCGUACCAGACAAUCCUCCUGCCACCAUUGCUACUCAGCCACCUCCGGGUACAUGGCCUCCAUUGAUGUCAGGUUCAGAAAUUUCGGGAACUAGCCCCUUGGGCAAGAUUAACACCGGAGGUCAUGCCGAAGAAGUUAUGGGAGAUUGGCAACUGGAGAUAGAAACAGCCAUGUGGCAGUCGCUCGCACCUAGCACCAGGGCAGCAUACAAAAAAGCAAGUAGUGAGUUUCACCUAUUUCGGGACAACAUGCAACUCCCGCAGAUCUGA